AUGGCGGCGGCGGGAAGCGGACCCGGACCGGGAGUGAGUGCAGCACCCGGGCCGGCAGCGGCUGCCAAUGCAACACCGGCAGAAGAAGGGGAGACGAAACCGGCAGCAGCCGUAGCGGCCGCUCCGGCCGGAGAGGGGACGUCUGCUGCUCCAGUCUCCGCGGAGCCUGGCUCCGGAGAGGCCGAAAGCGGGGAUGCAAACUCGGUUGAUGUAAGUGGUGGCUUGGAGACAGAAUCCUCUAAUGGAAAAGAUACACUUGAAGGUGCUGGGGAUACUUCAGAGGUGAUGGAUACUCAGGCCGGCUCCGUGGAUGAAGAAAAUGGCCGUCAGUUGGGAGAGGUGGAGCUGCAGUGUGGAAUAUGUACCAAAUGGUUCACAGCAGACACCUUUGGCAUAGAUACCUCAUCCUGUCUACCAUUCAUGACCAACUACAGUUUCCACUGCAAUGUGUGCCAUCAUAGCGGGAACACCUAUUUCCUCCGGAAGCAAGCAAACUUGAAAGAAAUGUGCCUUAGUGCUUUGGCCAACCUAACGUGGCAGUCCCGAACACAAGAUGAGCAUCCAAAAACCAUGUUCUCCAAAGAUAAGGAUAUCAUACCGUUUAUUGAUAAAUACUGGGAAUGCAUGACGACCAGACAAAGACCUGGGAAAAUGACCUGGCCAAAUAACAUUGUGAAAACUAUGAGUAAAGAAAGAGAUGUGUUCUUAGUAAAGGAACACCCUGACCCAGGGAGUAAGGACCCAGAAGAAGAUUACCCCAAGUUUGGCCUACUGGACCAGGAUCUUAGUAACAUCGGUCCUGCUUAUGACAACCAAAAACAGAGUGGUGCUGUGUCUACCAGUGGGAAUCUAAAUGGUGACUCACUGAAAGUGAUCUGCCUUGUCUUCAAAGGAGGAAUCGCAGCAGGAAGCAGCGGGAAAGGCAGAGGAGCCAAGCGCAAACAGCAGGACGGCAGCACCGCGGGGACCACCAAGAAGGCCCGGAGUGACCCUUUGUUUUCUGCUCAGCGUCUUCCCCCUCAUGGCUACCCCUUGGAACACCCGUUUAACAAAGAUGGCUAUCGCUAUAUUCUAGCUGAGCCUGAUCCCCACGCCCCUGACCCUGAGAAGCUCGAACUCGACUGCUGGGCAGGAAAACCGAUUCCCGGAGACCUCUACAGAGCCUGCUUAUACGAGCGGGUUUUGUUAGCCCUCCAUGAUCGAGCUCCCCAGUUAAAGAUCUCCGAUGACCGGCUGACUGUGGUUGGCGAGAAGGGCUACUCUAUGGUUCGGGCUUCUCAUGGGGUUCGGAAAGGUGCCUGGUACUUUGAAAUCACAGUGGAUGAGAUGCCACCAGACACUGCGGCCAGACUGGGCUGGUCGCAGCCGUUAGGUAACCUUCAGGCUCCCUUAGGUUAUGAUAAAUUUAGUUAUUCUUGGCGGAGCAAAAAGGGAACCAAAUUCCACCAAUCCAUUGGCAAACACUACUCUUCUGGCUAUGGACAGGGAGACGUCCUGGGAUUUUAUAUCAAUCUUCCUGAAGAUACAGAGACAGCCAAGUCACUGCCCGAUACCUACAAAGAUAAGGCUUUAAUAAAGUUCAAGAGUUAUUUGUAUUUUGAAGAAAAAGACUUUGUGGAUAAAGCCGAGAAGAGCCUAAAGCAGACUCCUCACAGUGAGAUAAUUUUUUAUAAAAAUGGUGUCAAUCAAGGUGUGGCUUACAAAGACAUUUUUGAGGGGGUCUACUUUCCGGCCAUCUCCCUGUACAAGAGCUGCACGGUCUCCAUAAACUUUGGACCAUGCUUCAAGUACCCGCCAAAGGAUCUCACGUACCGCCCUAUGAGUGACAUGGGCUGGGGCGCCGUGGUGGAGCACACUCUGGCCGAUGUCUUGUAUCACGUGGAGACGGAAGUGGAUGGGAGGAGGAGCCCCCCGUGGGAGCCCUGA